AUGAAGAAUAACGUUAUUUUUAAAGAACUAUUAGAAAUGGAUAUAAGUUUUAAUAAACUAACAGCUGUACCAUCAAUGUUGUUUGAAAACUUUCCGAAAAUUCAGAACAUUAACAUUUCAUACAACGAUAUAGUUAGAUUUGAUUUUCUAUUAUCACACAAAAUCAAUGGAGUUUCAUUAAUAAGUAUAGACUUAAGUAAAAAUCCUGCAGUAUCAUGGCCUUUAGUAAAUAGUAGAAAUAACAAUAAUACACUUUUAUCCAACCUUUAUGAAUUACACAUUUGCUAUACAAAUUUAUCUAAUUUAGAUGACGUCACAUUCGAUUCAUUUCUCAGUUUGCAACAUUUAUAUUUAAAGUUUAAUAAAAUAAGGCGUCUAUCUAUUAGUCCCUUUUCAAAAUUAAAUUUCUUAGAAAAUUUAGAUGUCAGCUAUAAUAAAAUAACGCAUGUAAAAACUAGCAAUUUUCGAGGACUCGUUAAAUUAAAUGCUUUAUGUUUAUCAAAUAAUUAUAUAGAAUCAAUAGAAACUUUCACUGAAGACCUUAGUAAUUUAAAACUUUUGGAUCUUUCUCAUAAUAGAUUACAAAACAUACUUAACCAAGAUUUAGUUAAUUUAAAAGAACUAACAGUACUGUACUUAAGUUUUAACAAUAUCAAAUAUAUCUCAGUCACAGCUUUUAACAAUUUGAACAAAAUUAUACAUAUAGAUUUAGAGCAUAAUAAACUUCAAACAAUACCAGUUGAUCUAUUUACAAUAAUUGAAAGUCACAUUCAAGAAAUAUCUAUAAAAGAUAACAUUAUAAUGUGUAGCUGUCAAAGAAAUAAUACAUGGACAUGGAUACAAGAUCAUCCGAAAAUAAUCGACUCGAGUGCUGUGACAUGCAUUAACGACGAAUAUCCUAAGGAGAAGUGUGAUUUCCCGACCAUCACACAAUUGUCUAUUGACAAACAUAAAGAUAAUUCUGUAUCUGUAUCCUGGUUCAUCCGGAAUCGUACAGCUGUUAAAUCUCUACAAAUAAUGUAUUAUGACGACGAUAUCACUACCGAUGUGAUAUACAGAUAUUUGGAUAAAUCUGAAACAUCUACACUUAUCUCUGAUUUGAUUCCGAGUAAAAACUACAUUGUUUGUAUUUUAACUUUGGAUCUGAAUCCUUUUACUAAACUAAUUGAUGAGGAAAUAUCUGAAGUGAAUGUUUCACUCAGUGAUUUUAAAUUUACAUCAAACAUCAGUCGAAGCUACGCCGCAACGUUGAUUUCACAGUCGCCUUCAAGCGAAUGUGUUACCUUUGAUACAUUCACAAAGCACUCUAUAAAAAUGAAACCAAAUAAAACCUUUCAUUUAUCUUCUAUACUUAAUCGACGAAUGGGUCUGAUUGUAGGCUGUGCUUUAGGAUUUGUAGUAUUUUUUGUUAUGGUAUCAGUUUUAUUAUACACAAAAAUCAAAGAAAGAAAACGUAUAGCUAAAUCUGACCCAGCGUGGUCGGAAAUGAACGAUUAUCAUUCAAUACAAAGUAAAGAAGAUGUUUUGCAAUCUACUACUGCUUCUACAGAUAAUAUAUUACUAGGCAUGGCAAAAAAUCGGAAAAUGUCUUUAGAACAAUUAAAAUAGACAUAGCUAUUU